GGGACUUCGCGCUGCCCUGCGGCGUGGAGGCGAAAAAGUUUCUUUUGCUGGCUAGAAGGGGCUUCGGCGAGCCGACGCUGCUCAGGCUGCAACUCUGUCGCAGUUGGCAGUUCUUUUCAGUUUCCCUCCUGCUUCCUGGAGGCAUGAAAGGGCUUCGCCGCCGGGAGUAAAAGGAAUUGACCCGCCAGCGCGAGGGCGGAGCGCGCACGCGGCCGGGAGGGCGGGCGUGCACCCGCGGCUGGAAGUUUGUGCGGGGCCCCGAGCGUGCGCGGCUGGGAGCAGCGGGCCGAGACCGAGACCAAGGCCGCUGAACCGCGAUGAGCGCGCCGAACCUUGUUGCGCGCGCGGCGGCGUUGGGGCUGCUGUUCUGCGCGGUACUGGGGCGCGCGGGCCGGGCGGACAGCGGCGGCCGCGGGGCACUCGGGCACCCCUCCGGGAUAGCCACCGAGCGCCAGUGCCCCGCUCCCUGCCGCUGCCUUGGGGACCUGCUGGACUGCAGUCGCCAGCGGCUGGCGCGUCUUCCUGAGCCGCUCCCGCCCUGGGUAGCUCGACUGGACUUAAGUCACAACAGAUUAUCUGUCAUCAAGGCCAGUUCCCUGAGCCGCCUUCAAAGCCUUCGAGAAGUGAAACUGAACAACAAUGAAUUGGCAGCCAUUCCAAAUCUGGGACCAGUCACAGCAAAUAUUACACUACUGUCCUUGGCUGGAAACAGAAUUGUUGAAAUACUACCUGAACAUCUGAAAGAGUUUCAAUCCCUUGAAACUUUGGACCUUAGCAGCAACAAUAUUUCAGAGCUCAAAACUGCAUUUCCACCCCUACAGCUCAAAUAUCUGUAUCUCAACAGCAACCGAGUCACAUCAGUGGAACCUGGGUAUUUUGACAAUUUGGCCAACACACUCCUUGUGUUAAAGCUGAACAGGAACCGAAUCUCAGCUAUCCCACCCAAGAUGUUUAAACUGCCCCAGCUGCAACACCUUGAAUUGAACCGAAACAAGAUUAAAAACGUAGAUGGACUGACAUUCCAAGGGCUUGGUGCUCUGAAGUCUCUGAAAAUGCAAAGAAAUGGAGUCACGAAACUUAUGGAUGGAGCUUUUUGGGGGCUGAGCAACAUGGAAAUUUUGCAGCUGGACCAUAACAACCUAACAGAGAUUACCAAAGGCUGGCUUUACGGCUUGCUGAUGCUGCAGGAACUUCAUCUCAGCCAAAAUGCCAUCAACAGGAUCAGCCCUGAUGCCUGGGAGUUCUGCCAGAAGCUUAGUGAGCUGGACCUAACUUUCAAUCACUUAUCAAGGUUAGAUGAUUCAAGCUUCCUUGGCCUGAGCUUACUGAAUACACUGCACAUUGGGAACAACAAAGUCAGCUACAUUGCUGAUUGUGCCUUCCGAGGGCUUUCCAGUUUAAAGACUUUAGAUCUGAAGAACAAUGAAAUUUCCUGGACUAUUGAAGACAUGAAUGGUGCUUUCUCUGGGCUUGACAAACUGAGGCGGCUGAUACUCCAGGGAAAUCGGAUUCGAUCUAUUACUAAAAAAGCCUUCACUGGUUUGGAUGCAUUGGAGCAUCUAGACCUGAGUGACAACGCAAUCAUGUCUUUACAAGGCAAUGCAUUUUCACAAAUGAAGAAACUGCAGCAAUUGCAUUUAAAUACAUCAAGCCUUUUGUGUGAUUGCCAACUAAAAUGGCUUCCACAGUGGGUGGCGGAAAACAACUUUCAGAGCUUUGUAAAUGCCAGUUGUGCCCAUCCUCAGCUGCUAAAAGGAAGGAGCAUUUUUGCUGUUAGCCCAGAUGGCUUUGUGUGUGAUGAUUUUCCCAAACCCCAGAUCACGGUUCAGCCAGAAACACAGUCGGCAAUAAAAGGCUCCAAUUUGAGUUUCAUCUGCUCAGCUGCCAGCAGCAGUGAUUCCCCAAUGACUUUUGCUUGGAAAAAAGACAAUGAACUGCUGCAUGACGCCGAAAUGGAAAAUUAUGCACACCUCCGGGCCCAAGGUGGCGAGGUGAUGGAGUAUACCACCAUCCUUCGGCUGCGCAAGGUGGAAUUUGCCAGUGAGGGGAAAUAUCAGUGUGUCAUCUCCAAUCACUUUGGUUCAUCCUACUCUGUCAAAGCCAAGCUUACAGUAAAUAUGCUUCCCUCAUUCACCAAGACCCCCAUGGACCUCACCAUACGAGCUGGGGCCAUGGCACGCUUGGAGUGUGCUGCUGUGGGGCACCCAGCCCCACAGAUAGCUUGGCAGAAGGAUGGGGGCACAGACUUCCCAGCUGCACGGGAGAGACGCAUGCAUGUGAUGCCCGAGGAUGACGUAUUCUUUAUUGUGGAUGUGAAGAUCGAGGACAUUGGGGUGUACAGCUGCACAGCUCAGAACAGUGCAGGAAGUAUUUCUGCAAAUGCAACUCUAACUGUCUUAGAAACGCCAUCAUUUUUGCGGCCUCUGUUGGACCGAACUGUAACCAAGGGAGAAACGGCCGUCCUACAGUGCAUUGCUGGGGGAAGCCCUCCACCCAGGCUGAACUGGACCAAAGAUGAUAGCCCUUUGCUGGUAACUGAGAGGCACUUUUUUGCAGCAGGCAAUCAGCUUCUUAUUAUUGUGGACUCAGAUGUCAGCGAUGCUGGGAAAUACACGUGUGAGAUGUCCAAUACCCUUGGCACGGAGAGAGGAAACAUGCGCCUCAGUGUGAUCCCCACUCCGACCUGCGACUCCCCUCAGAUGACUGCCCCGUCGUUAGACGAUGACGGAUGGGCCACUGUGGGUGUCGUGAUCAUAGCCGUGGUUUGCUGUGUGGUGGGCACGUCACUCGUGUGGGUGGUCAUCAUAUACCACACAAGGCGGAGGAAUGAAGAUUGCAGCAUUACCAACACAGAUGAGACCAACUUGCCAGCAGAUAUUCCUAGUUAUUUGUCAUCUCAGGGAACAUUAGCUGACAGGCAGGAUGGGUACAUCUCUUCAGAAAGUGGAAGCCACCACCAGUUUGUCACAUCUUCAGGUGCUGGAUUUUUCUUACCACAACAUGACAGUAGUGGGACCUGCCAUAUUGACAAUAGCAGUGAAGCUGACGUGGAAGCUGCCACCACAGAUCCGUUCCUUUGUCCCUUUUUGGGAUCCACAGGCCCCGUGUAUUUGAAGGGAAAUGUGUAUGGCUCAGAUCCUUUUGAAAUGUAUUAUACAGGUUGCAGUCCUGACCCAAGAACAGCUUUAAUGGACCACUGUGAGCCCAGUUAUGUAAAGAAAAAGGAGUGCUACCCAUGUUCUCAUCCUUCAGAAGAGUCCUGCGAACGGAGCUUCAGUAAUGUUGCAUGGCCUUCACAUGUGAGGAAGCUACUUAACGCUAGUUACUCACAAAACGAAGGACCCGGAAUGAAAAAUCUGUGUCUAAACAAGUCCUCUUUAGAUUUUAGUGCAAAUCCAGAGCCCGCGUCGAUUGCCUUGAGUAAUUCUUUCAUGGGUACAUUUGGAAAAGCUCUUAGGAGACCUCACCUAGAUGCCUAUUCAAGCUUUGCACAGCCAUCAGAUUGUCAGCCAAGAGCCUCUUAUUUGAAAGCUCAUUCUUCCCCAGACUUGGACUCUGGGUCAGAGGAAGAUGGGAAAGAAAGGACAGAUUUUCAAGAAGAAAAUCACAUUUGUACCUUUAAACAGACUUUAGAAAACUACAGGACUCCAAAUUUUCAGUCUUACGACUUGGACACAUAGACUGAAUGAGACCAAAGGAAAACCUUAACAUACUACCUCAAGUGAACUUUUAUUUAAAAGAGAGAGAAUCUUAUGUUUUUAAAAUGGAGUUGUGAAUUUUAAAAGGUUAAAAAUGCUUUAUUUAUACAGAUGAACCAAAAUUACAAAAAGUUAUGAAAAUUUUUGUACUGAGAAUAAUGCUCAUAUAAGAAUACCUUUUAAAACUAUUUUAUAACUGUUUUAUGCAAAAAAGUAUCUUAUGUAAAUUAAUGAUAUAAAUCAUGAUUAUUUUAUGUAUUUUUAUAAUGCCAGAUUUCUUUUUAUUGAAAAUGAGUUACUAAAGCAUUUGAAAUAAUACCUGCCUUGUACUGUUUUUGAAUAGAGGUUAUUUCAUUAUAUUUUGCACAUUAUAUUUAAUAAAAUGUGUCAAUUUUAUGCCAAGCCCCAUUUAUACAAAAACAAUUUUAUUUUUCACACAUUUUAGGCUUAAUUAGUUCACACUAUCAUGUCUCAAAUUGAUGGGAAUUAUAUUUAGCCCAUUAAAGUAUGAACAAAAAUGACCAUUCUUUCUACUUCCUAGGAUUGUUAUAGAUUCAAAUCAGAUUGUGCAUGUGAAAGCACAAUUGUAAACAAGAAGGAGCUACAAAGAUUUAAGCUACCUUAAUUCAUUUCUAAAUCUAUGAACAAAAAAAGAUUUGUGGUUAUGAUCUGGUAUAAUAUAGUACAACUGCCAUUCCUUAAAUCACUGCUCAAUUCAUGUUUCUUUAAUUAUAAUAAUGCCUUAUGGUCUAAUGCCUUACGCUUAUCCAAGUAGUUUCACAUUUGCCGUCUCUUUUCUUACAAGAAGCAAAUGUUUUAUUGUACAUGUCUAUAGCUAAAGUGGCUAUAGCAGAGGUGGACUUUCAUGCACUGUUUCAGGUUAUAAUGAGAUGCUGCUGGAAUUCCUUUCUGUUUUUAUUGAUUUUCUACUGAAGAGUAGUUUGUAUAUAAAUGGUACUCAAGCUAUUUUUCAACAUUCUUUAACAAUUACCAAAAUAUUUUCUUUGAUCGUUAAGGUUUGGUUAAAAACUAAGUAGCAAAUCUGUUACUUACGCAUGUAAAACUAUUUAAAACAUUUGUUUUAAAACAGUACUAGUUAAACAUGUAAUUUAUAUGACAGACAUAUCUACAUAGAAAAAUGAAUAUAACCAUAUUUUCAAAACUAGAUGACACAGUUCAAAGUAACUGAAUGGAAAAAAAAUUCAGUUUAAUCAGAUCAUGAAACUGUUUUUUCUUCUUCAGUAAAUUCUAGUUCGUAUGUGUAGUUUAAAGAAAAACCCCUUGCUCAAGAUAAAUUGGCACAAAAGGAGUUAAUAUAGCACAAUAAGAUUUAAAAAUUAACUGACCUCGAAGGUGUGAAUUUAUGCCAUUGUCUUGUCUUUGAACUAAACUGAAAGCAGCUAUUCAAAAAGCAGAUUCUUCUUAGAGAAUAUGUUGGGGGUAAAGUCUUUCUGCUUUUAGUGAGUUUAGAGCUUUGUUGUUUGUAAGCCAGAGCCUGGAAUCCAGAUUGCAGUCGAUUUUCCUGCUUUAAUUUAGAUGCCAGAGUCCAAGACAGGACGCUGAUCCUUCCUUGGACCACCAGUGACUAAGUACAGAGGAGUAAUUUCGUGGGCUUUGGCUUGAUCAUAUUGCCAGACUUUCAAAAUUUUAUUGUUAGUUUGUCUUCAUUAUUGCCAGAUGGGGCCUUUUCAGUGACUAUGAACUAAUUUUAAAAGAUUUAAUUUCUCCAUGCUGAGCACAAAGGUUUAAAUCAUUAACACUUGAAAUUCAAAAAUUAGAUUCACUCUACAUCAGUAUGAUUUUACCCUUUUACUGUGGCAUGUGCUGCACCUUGUGGAUUAGGUGUAAUCUUAACUAUCUGGAGAAAGAGUAGGAACUUGAUUUCUCUUUGACACUUGCAGGAAAAGAGUAUAUAUGAUUUUGAGACUCCAUAUUGAAUUGACAAAAUUAAUCUAGUAGGUGGUAAGAGAUCCUAAAAUAACAUAGACUCAAGGUUGAAAGCCUAAUGUAGAUAAAUGUCACAUUGCUUGAAGGAAUCCUUAAAAAUUCCAGCUUAAUCAUCCUAUGCUUUUUGAUAUGAGUUCAUGUAUAACAUAUCUUAAUAGAUGUUCACAAAAUUUCUGUAUUAUUUUAAUGUUAAUUCCACUAUUGGCACUAUUAAGAUAGUUACUAUGUAUAAUCUUACCUGUUUUGUAGGUUAUUGGGAAAGAAGUACUCCUUAGUUCUGGCAAAAUUUUAUGAAAGUUAAAUAUCUGUGGAAUAUAUAUAAUUUAUUUUCACAGCCUUGCUACAGAAGGAAACCAAAAGUUAUUUCUUACAAUAGAGCCAUACUACUUUUUAAAGAUUGACAGAAGAAAGGAAAGUGGUUUGGUGUUUGUACACUUGGGAGGCUCUAUUUAUUUCAAUUCAGUGUGAUAGGAAGUAAUUUAUAAUCAAUAUUAUGACAGAUGUGCUACACUGGUAUUCUUCAAGAGAAUGGGAACCAAAUGUCAUUGCAAAAUGCCUGAGCUGUCCUUCUCACCCUUGCAAUCUGAAAUGAUCAGAUUUAUGUAAUAGGAUAAUUUAGAAUUCAUUGUUUAAGACAGCAUUCUAUUAACACAUUGGAUAACACAAUACCCUGCCAAGAAAACAAUUAGGCCUCAAAGAGAGGUACAGUGUCUUCAUGAACUGAAUAAUUUUCAUACUCCAGAAAUAUCUAGGUGCCAGAACUUACCAUUUUCAUGGGACAUUUCUUAAACUAAUGUGUAAUAGGAAAGCACUGAAAUAAUUAUCUUGCUUCAUCCCAAAUGUGACCUAAAAUGGCACAGAAAUAUUUUCACUGGUAUUUUAUUUUAAUAGAGAAGAGAUUAUGCCCACAUAUUUUCUGAAUUAUCCCAAUAUCUUGGGCCAUUUGGUUUUUGUUGUUG